AUGCCAGCUGCAUCCCAGAAAGAUCUCUUCCAAAUUGAGCAAGCAAAAGGAUUGAGGAACGUGCCUUGGUGCGACCAGUAUGAACGCAUGAUAAGCGGCAUGCUCUAUGAUGCUAUGGAUGCUACACUCGCCAGCGCCCGCUUCCGUGCACGCAAGUUGAUGAACAAAUACAACUCCCACUUCCCGGAUGAUGCUACAGCUGCGUCCUUGACAGCCGAUCGAACCGCGAUACUCAACGAGCUCUUGGGCAGAGCGGGCGAUGGCAUAUACAUCGAGCCGCCUUUCUCAGUGGAUUACGGUAGUAACAUCUCUUUCGGGGACAGGUUUUACGCAAACUUCUAUCUCACGAUACUCGACUGCGGAUUAGUCACGAUCGGGGAUCGGGUUAUGUUCGGUCCCCAUGUAUCCAUCUUCGCCGCGACCCACGAGGUAGAGGUGCAGUCGAGGCGUGAGAACAUCGAGUACGCCGGGUCCGUUCUCAUAGGGGACGAUUGUUGGAUCGGUGGACACGUCACUAUCCUGCCAGGUGUUACGAUAGGACAGGGGUGCACAAUCGGUGCAGGAAGUGUAGUGACUAAGAGUAUCCCAGAAUGGAGUGUUGCGAUUCUGACAUCCUUCCGAUCUGUGCCCCGUCCUGCCCAUGAUUGUUUCGGUCUGUCGUCAAUUGGUACCCCCUUCGGUGACAAAGCCAGUGUGAUCCCUUCUCUGACAAGCCAUGAAUUCCGCCACUUACAAGUUUAUGAUGUGAAAACUAUCCUUUCCGUGUGCUUAGCUCUCCCCGCUAUUCUUGCAGUUCAACCAAACACACUGGUCCGGUGCGAUUUUACCGCUGCAUUAGCUGUCAUGCCCGAAAGGCUGCUACAGGCUCUGGAGCAGAUCAAUACCGAGCCAUUUUCAAGCGAAGCCGGGCGCAUCAAGUGGCUUGUCUGA